AUGAAGUCCGGGCCCGGUGACGAAAGUCUUAUGGUCAUGACGGUUAUCGAUGGCUCUAGUACAUAUGAUUUAUCUUCUCAAAAGCCUGCGCCUGAGAGCUCCCCUUAUGUCCUGACGCCAGUAUCUUCUCACGAGACGGUCGACGUCCCAGUUUCAACUACAUCCUCUCAGUUGAAAGUAGAUACCGAAGAAAAUACUCUCGUUCCAAAAGAAGAGAGCACAAAUGCAUCGAUAUCUGAGGCGCCUAAAGCCGAGCGAGUUGAGAAUGUCUUUGACGGCUUCGAUGGUCCGAAGGUCCGAAAGUAUCUUCUGACUGAAGAGCAUGAUUUUAUCAUUCUUAAUAACGACAAACGUCAGGGACGGCUAUCCAAGUACCUGGUAUCUAAGGAUGUUCUUUCGGUUUCAUCGCCGGUCCUUAGGUCACUGAUAAAACCCUCUACACAAAACCAAACAGUUCAAGCUCAGAAGCCGGCCUUUGAGAACAUAAAUGCACCACCGACUGCGAUUAUGAGGACCGGCAAUACACUACAAUUGGAACAUGACGAAUAUUCUCUAUACAGAAUUCUGAGUAUAAUUCAUUUUUGUUCCACCGUCGACAAGCUUCACAAUCUCGACUUUAAAGCUUGGAAAGGCCUUACCGUUCUCGCAGAGACAUACCAAUGGACCCAAGUAUUACGACCAUGGAAGUCGAUAUGGGUUAGAAAGCACGGCACCUCGUUUUUGCUGCCAGGAUAUGAGGAUUGGUUGUACCUAUCGAAAGUUUACGGGAGUGACUACCAGGUUGACGCAUUGACAAGAACGCUAAGUCUAUACUGCCGUUUCAAUGGAAGACAAAUAUCAAGGUACGACAGUAUAACAGGGUCUGUCGAAGUACUCAAUACAAAGAUUUGGCCAGCAGAGCGAAAAGCCCGUAUCUUAAGCUUGAGGAAGAGCAAAGUUGAGCAUAUGUUAUCUUGUCUAGAGGCUUUAGAACUUAUGCUGGGGUCUCAGGGGGAUUCCGAGCUAGGUAGAAAACUGUGCAAUUCCGGAAAUUCUAAUACUUGCAGGGCUUUAGCCUACGGGUCUUUGCUUCAAUCAAUCAAGGCGAGUGAGCUCGAUCCCGAAUUUUCGGAAUGGGAAGGGUCAGUUGCCGAGCUUCAUGAGCAAAUUGAGAGCCUUGCCUUUAGUACACUUGGUAUCGUCAUCAAAGAGCACAAGUGCGUUAUUCAAGGUCUCAAAAAGAGUCUAAGUUUCUGCCUUACAAGCUUUGGACUCUUGGAUCUCCAAUCCCGCCAUGAUGAAAUGAUUUUGCGAGCAUCAUCGCUAUAG